GCGGCAUUUUUCAACUGUCAUCCCAGAAAAGUUGUGAAAUUAUUAAAUUUCACAGAUAGAAUGGCAAAUAACGUCAGAGUAAUUGCGACGGAUGCUGAAUUUGAUCCAGAGCUAACGAACGCUGGAAAUAAAUUGGUUGUUGUGGAUUAUUAUGCGACAUGGUGUGGACCAUGUAACCGGAUAGCUCCUUUGUUCGUUCAGCUCAGUGCAAAGUACCCUAAGGCAGUGUUCCUAAAGGUUGACGUCGACCAAUGUCAGGGGACAGCCCAGGCACAAGGUGUUUCAGCCAUGCCCACGUUCAUAUUCUACAAGAACAAAGUGAAGAUUGAUUCCCAGCGCGGAGCAGACCCAAACAGCCUUGAGGAGAAGAUUAAAAAGUGGUACGGCGGGGAAGGGGAAGAGGAUGGGGGAGACGAAGUCAUGGUGAAGGGCCAUAUGGACCUGAGCACUUUUAUAAACAAGUCUGGAUGUGAGUGCCUUAAUGAAGCUGAUGAUCAUCCACUGGCCCAUUGUCUUAGCAGCAAGGGAGGCUACCUAGAGUCUGACUGUGAUGAACAGCUCCUUAUCAGCAUAGAGUUUAGUCAGCCUGUAAAGCUUCACUCAUUAAAACUGUAUGGUCCAGAGGACAAAGGACCCAAGACUGUGAAGGUGUUUCAGAACCAGCCUCGGUCUCUGGACUUUGACUCAGCAGAUAGCAUGGAGCCAACACAGACCCUUGAGCUGACAACUGAGGAUAUAAAAGAGGGAAAUUUGGCCACUCUGAGAUAUGUCAAGUUCCAAAAUGUCACAAGUGUUACGCUAUUUGUCAGAGACAACCAAGGAGGUGGUGAAGUGACACAGUUGGAUCACCUUGGCUUUAUUGGCUCGCCAGUUAAUGCAACCAAUAUGAGCGAGUUCAAGCGGGUUGCAGGCAAGAAAGGAGAAAGUCACUGAAAGCAGUUAAAAGAUGAAUUAAAAACUUUGUGUGUUUAAGAAGAAUUUCUUAUUGUUAUUGUUGCUAUGGGGAUUGGUUUGCAGAUUUUCUUUUUCCAAUGUUGUUGGAAUGGAAUUAUUUUAAUUACUAUUAUGAAAACACACCAAUCAGCAGCUUGCAGAUACUCAUUUGAAUAUUUAUUUUGUGAAUGCAAGCCUAAAAUUAUUCAAAUUUUUUAAUAGCGUUGCUAAUGCUUUUCGGCAAAAGAGAGCAAUUCCUUUCACAUCUUUUCAACUAUACCGGUAUAACUAAUAUUGCUUUAAUUUAAUUUGUCACGAUGUUUUAUAAUUGAAACAAUUAUUUUUAGAUCAGGCCUCAUAAAAUGUGAGUGAGUCUCUUUUAAAUUAAGAUUUUCCCGAACAUCUAUCAUGUAUUAUCUGCUUAAUUAUAUUAAAUAUUCUAAUAAAAAUUAUUUAUUGAAAUACUGUGGCACAGUAUAAACAUUUGUGAAGAGGAAGCUGUUAUAAUUGACAGUAUAACCACAAAAUAUUGUAAGCUCAACAGUUUUAGAUAAAGAUUGAGUUUUCAGGACAAUAAAUUGAUUUAACUGUUUCUUGUCAAUUCAAACUAGCUGUGUCUCAGGGGACCAUUAGGUUAACAGUUUUGUUUUGGCUUAAAUAAUAUUGCUGCUCUGAAUUUCCAAUAUGAAAAGGGUAAAGUGAUACUCUUAUUGAAAAUCAAUACAUACACAUGCAUAACAAACAUAGAUUUUGAGUGAUAAACCUUAAAUUGCUUACUAAAUAAUGCAUGUAUGGAAAAUAUUAAAUACUGAUAAAAGGAUUGUUACUGUGUAUUUAAUAGCUGAAAACGCAAAAAUAUUAAAUGAUUGGUGAAUGAUAAAAUAUUAACUGUGAUCUUCUAUAGUCUCAUAAGGUAGAAAUGCCAUGUUUUCUGCACUUUUUUUUCAAAUUUAAGCUGUUAUCCUUCAUAUGAGCCAUUGUUUUCGACAUUUAUAUAUAUCCUUUUUAUUAUAUCUAAACAAUUGUAUUUGUGGUAAAACUUAUUUGGAAUUAAUAGAGCAUCUUUAUAUUAAGAGGGUCCCAAAACGUUUUUAAAUUCAUUUUGAGCAACAUAUGUAUAGAAACAUAUAUAUACACAAAUGGCAUUACUAAACAAGGCUGUCAUGACAAUACCGUGAUAAAAGUACUUAUUUUCUGUGCUAUGAGGGGGGCAUUGUAUCUGUAUAAAACUGUGUUAUUUAUUAACUAAACUGUUGUUUGUGAAUGUGUUGAUAAUAUCGAUCAAUUUAUGUUCAAUGUUUUAUUAAAGGUGCACUCACAGGUUGACCGAUUUGACCACUUUUUCAUAUUUUGUCUCAGAAUCAGUUAAUUUUGGCAUCCGUGUUUUGAAAUCACUCAUAUAGAAAAACUCACACUAUAACAGAUUUCUAUUGUUUGGAAAACUGCCAAAUUUUUCAUGUUUCUUAAAGCAAUAGUAAAGCUGUUAGCCAUAAAACAUCAAUCGAGUGUAAAUAUUAAACACUGCCAUCUGAUCGGUAGUUUUAAAUCAUGGUUUUCGAUCAUUAAGGCUAAAUUUGGCUCAUUUUCAGACGAAAAAAGUAAUAAGUUGUCAAAACGGUCAAUCUCUGAGAGUGCAGCUUUAAGGUGUUCAAUGUGAAAUCAUAUGAACUUUGGUUGCUUGGAUUUAAUGCCUAGUAACACAUAUAAUUAUCAUUUGAACAAAUAAUGGUUUGUUGAUUACUAAUAAAUGAAAACACAUUGGCAAUAAUUACAGAAAACUGUUCCAUCCAAUCUUCACAAAAAAAGAUUCACAAAAAACUGACAAUUCUGAAUAUUCACAAAAAUAACUGACAACACUGAAGAUUCACACAAAUAACUGACAGCACUGAAGAUUCAUACAAAUAACUGACAGCACUGAAGAUUCAUACAAAUAACUGACAGCACUAAAGAUUCUUACAAAUAACUGACAGCACUAAAGAUUCAUACAAAUAACUGACAGCACAGAACAUUCAUACAAAUAACUGACAGCACUGAACAUUCAUACAAAUAACUGACAGCACUGAACAUUCAUACAAAUAACUGACAGCACUGAAGAGUCAUACAAAUAACUGACAGCACUGAAGAGUCAUACAAAUAACUGACAGCACUGAAGUUUCAUACAAAUAACUGACAGCACUGAAGAUUCAUACAAAUAACUGACAGCACUGAAGAUUCAUACAAAUAACUGACAGCACUGAAGAUUCAUACAAAUAACUGACAUCACUGAAGAUUCAUACAAAUAACUGACAGCACUGAAGAUUCAUACAAAUAACUGACAGCACUGAAGAUUCAUACAAAUAACUGACAGCACUAAAGAUUCAUACAAAUAACAGACAGCACUGAAGAUUUAUACAAAUAACUGACAGCACUGAAGAUUCAUACAAAUAACUGACAGCACUGAAGAUUUAUACAAAUAACUGACAGCACUGAAGAUUCAUACAAAUAACUGACAGCACUGAAGAUUCAUACAAAUUACUGACAGCACUGAAGAUUCAUACAAAUAACUGACAGCACUGAAGAUUUAUACAAAUAACUGACAGCACUGAAGAUUCAUACAAAUAACUGACAGCACUGAAGAUUCAUACAAAUAACUGACAGCACUGAAGAUUCAUACAAAUAACUGACAGCACUGAAGAUUCAUACAAAUAACUGACAGCAUUGAAGUUUCACAAAAAUGACAGACAGCAUUAAAUAUUCACAAAAUUAACUGACAACAAAGAAUAUUUAAAAAAGUAGCUGUCAGCGCUGAAGAUUCACAAAAGAACUGUCAGCGCUGAAGAUACACAAUAAUAAAUGACAUCACUGAAAUUCACAAUAAUAACUGACAUCACAGAAGAUUCACAAAAAUAACUGGCAUCACAGAAGAUUCACAAUAAUAACUGACAUCACAGAAGAUUCACAAAUAUAACUGACAUCACAGAAGAUUCACAAUAAUAACUGACAUCACAGAAUAUUCACAAUAAUAACUGGCAUCACAGAAGAUUCACAAUAAUAACUGACAUCACAGAAUAUUCACAAAAAUAACUGACAUCACAGAAUAUUCACAAAAAUAACUGACAUCACAGAAUAUUCACAAUAAUAACUGGCAUCACAGAAGAUUCACAAAAAUAACUGACAUCACAGAAUAUUCACAAAAAUAACUGACAUCACAGAAUAUUCACAAAAAUAACUGACAUCACAGAAGAUUCACAAAAAUAACUGAAAGCAAUGAAUGUUCACAAAAUAACUGAUUUAACACAGUGUUUUUGAAUUAGCUAUCGGUUUAAAAGUAAAACUAAAAGUAGAAGAUAUUAAACAACUGCAGUAUGCUUUUGCAUUGUUCAUUUAGACGACAUAAUGUCGAUGCCGACAUUAAAGCAUCUUGUUUUCUUAUAAUUUAUUUAUGAUCGAAUUUUAAUUCUGAAUGCUCUAUGUAUUUGCAACAUAUGAAAUAAAAGGAUAUGAUUUA